AUGAAUACUCUCACAGACCCUAGGGUUUUGCUAGACCCUAAUUUGCAGUUUAAUGAAGCUGCAGUGGCUCUUCUCGACAGAGUUAUUGCGGCCAUGUUUCUCUCCAGCGACAGCCAAGAGCGGGACGUGGCGCACCGCGUGUUGGGGGAGUUCAAAAACUUGCCGAACUCUUGGACUCAUGUGGCUUUUAUUUUGAAGACUUCGAAAGACGCAAACACCAAAUUCUUCGCUCUCCAGAUUCUCGAGUCCACCAUCACCACCCGCUGGAACAUUUUGCCGGAAGAAGAGCGGAACGGCAUUAAGGCUUUUGUGACUUCUUUGGUGAUUGAACUUUCGAGCGAUCCCAACAGACAAAAAGAAAAACAUUUCAUCAACAAAGUCAACGAAAACCUCAUUCAA